AUGACAGCAUCGAGUAGAAACUUCGACCACAAAGCCCAUGCGCAACACCGUUGGCAGCGGUUUUGGAAUCACGACUCGAAGGGGUACGCCGGAUUCUCCUUCAUUGCAGGUGGCCUUCAGCUUGCGAAGGUGAUUACUUCGCACAAGAAAGCAGGCAUCACGUUCUUGGCGAAGCGAGCAACUGCGGCGCUCCCGGCACUCGUGGGAUACCCAUUAGUGAUUGGCAUUGCGGGUGCCGAGCUCCUAGUGUGGGGGUCGUCGUACGUUAACGCUGGUAAGAACGAAGGCACUUCUCGAAUUACACGUGAUGCCAAACUGGCUCCUGCAGCGUUCGCCGUGUAUGGCACUACGCUGAAUGUCGUGUAUCCAAUCGCUGGUCAUUUCCGUCGUGUACGUUCGUGGUUCCGCCCCGUGAAGUGGGGUGCACUUGGUCUGGUCCUAAAUCACGCCAUCUCGAAAGUGUCGGCUAUAUCUCAAGACAAAGAACCAAUCCAGCAUAAAGUCGAGCUGAAGUAG